AUGCCUGAUCCCCUGUCUAUAGCCAUCAGCGUUGCAUCGCUGGUUGCUACAGCCGCGAAACUUCUAAAUGUUGUCAAUUCAUAUCGCUCGCAGUAUAAUUUGCAAGAUCUCUCAGCCGUAUCAAUCAAGGUCCAAUGUGAUUGCAUACUCGUAGCCUUGGGUCAAAUACAAAAUGCCCUUCUAAGCAACCAGCAGAUCUCAGCAAGAUUGAUGUGUGACGACAGCUUCUCUGGCCAGAGUCUGAAAACUGUACUUGGAGCUUGCGAGCUCACAUUUGCUGUUGUAGUAGGCAGGCUGUCGAAAUUAACAGGCAACAUCGAUAAUGGAGCCUUGUUACUCUCUCCCCGAGAGAAAGUCGAGCGGCUUUGGAAAGAGAGCGAGAUUAUGGACCUUAGUCAAAACAUCUCCAGGAUUUCAGAUGGACUCAAUCUACUUCUCACAGCAUUUAACAUGAAGUCCCAACUCGAGAUUCAGCAAGUCCUUACUACCUCGCGAGCAAGCAUCUUGCUAGAACAAAUGGUAGACGACGCCAGUUCAAUCUUCCUCUCAGACUGCAAUGCUUCCUAUAUCUCCGAAACAGUUGCACUUCGAGAUCAGGAACCCAUGAUGCACACCGAAAUUGACCCUAAGGACUUCUCAUUUGAUCAAGAAGUCCUAAUGACGCCAGCGUACCGAAAAGUUCAGAUCUCACAUCCGAGACCUGUACCAAACUUGAUACUUGGGUCAAGUAGUCGUACAGCGAGGCCUAUCCAGAGAAAGCCAGUCCCAUCCGCGGCCAGAAGGGCUGCUGUUCCGCCGCAAGAGGAAGUCCAGUCUAAAGUACCUGCGCUUCCAAAGACGAACGAGGAACAGAGUCUAGGCAGCCCCUCCUCUCAGAUAACUACAAACUCUCAAACUAGGGAGUCUAUUCAUGAAUUCCUUAUACCGCUACCAGUAUUCCCCACUAUCGAGCUGGCAUCAACCGAAUUCGACGUGAUUCUGGAAUCUGGAGACUUUGCAACAUCACCGAUUUCUUCCAAUACCAAGCCAGACGACGAGACACACGAAACCAUUCACGAGGUCCAAGCAGAUCCUAGGACACCAGAUCAUGCUUCCGAGCAUUCUGAAAUCUUGGAAGAAGCAGAUACCACCGAGAAUGAUUCGAUUUCUUCAGUUACUGCCUUGGCUGAGGAGUUCCAGAUUGAAAUGGUUAAUCUUCCCAAGAAGGCUACCCUGUGGGACUCCAUGCCAGAAGCUUCACGCUCCAUGGCGGAAGAUUCUUCGGGGGAAGUAUUGAAGCUGGCUUAUAAUCGACACAAGCUCUACGUAACGCCUACUGAGAUUAACGUAUCUGGCAUGGGCUUGACAGAACUUAAUGAGGAAACAAUCAGAAUGGUUCAACAAACCUUGGAAUCUCUUUUCCUAUUCUCGAACAGCAUCAAAACUCUCCCCAAAUCAAUCAUGGGAUGCCAGAACCUGGUUUACCUCAACCUAAAAGCAAAUGGCCUCGAAUCAGUUCCAGAAGAAAUCUGCGGCAUUCGAACGCUGAAAACUCUGCAUCUCUCCCAGAAUGCCAUCACUGACCUCCCACCCGACCUCGCCAACCUCCAGAAUCUAGAAAUACGAGACCCCUUACCAUCUACAAUCUAG